CAUUCAUCUUGUGCUCAUCUCAUACCAUUUUCUGCAAUAUAUAAUCAUGUUUAAAGGAAUAAUUAACCGAUAAUAUUUUCUAUUAAGAAUAUAUUUAAGAAAAUGAUAGCAAACAUUUUAUCAUAAAUGGAGGAAACAAUUAGCAAACCUCUGAAGUCAUCAUCAUUUCCUUGUACAAUUACUUAUUCUCCUCUACAAAAACUUCUUCUUGAAUACAUGCAGCUUUAUUUGAGUCUAUCCACUCCCACCCCUUUUCUUUUCUUCACUUUUUUGACAAUUUCUUCCCAUCAGAAUCUUAGCUUUCAUGGCAGAGUCUUUAUAUAUAGAGAUAGUGUUAAAAUAGAGAGUUCCAAGUACUUAAGGCAGCUUUCAUGGCUAAUUCUUGCUGCUACCAUGACAUAUAUCAAUGGCUUCAAAACCUCCCAGUAAUAGCACAAUGGCAAUCAAAUUCCAUGUCAAUCUGCAUAUGUUCUUCAACAACUCCUUCAUCCCAUCCAUCUCUUAAUCUCUCCGCGGCCCAAAAUCUUCAGUCGUCGUCGACGAUUUCUUUCUCUAUAGUAGCAGAUUUCAGUCUCCCCAUCUUUCUUUGGUCCUCAAAUCCAAUCAAAAUCAACACCAAAUCAUCAAAACUACUCGAAAAUGAUUCGAUUUCGAGUCUCUUAAUCAACAUCAUUGAGGAAGUCCUGAGCUAUGGCUCAAAAACAUGUACUUCUCUCCCCAAAAUCCCAAAACUGGACUCCAUAUCUAGUUUUAGAGAUGUUUUCAAUCUAGCAUUUCUCACUCUCACAUUCCUCAUAUGCACAUAUGAAGCCCCAGAGGAUCUAAGGUUAGCUUGUCUUAACCACCUUAAAAACCAACUGGCAAAUUGUCAAUUAAGAGGAGCAUCAAGGUUGUUGAUGAAGUCUUUAGGGUCCAACAUUGAAGAGAAGUGGAUGAGGUCUAUAAAUCUUGCAAUCACUAAUUGGAUUGCAGAGCUUAAAGCAACACAUGAAACUCUCAGGACUCCAUCUCCUCUGUUUUCUUAUGCAGUUUCAACACUCGGGUUAUGGAAAGUUCAGCUUUACUGUCCUGUCAUAGCCAUGGACACUGAGAGUUCACGCAAUUCAGCCGAUGAUAGACUUCUUUUCUCUCUGAAAUACCAUCAACUUGAAGGUGUCAUUCAGCUCAACCACAAAGUCACUGUUAAAGAGAAAUGGGUUGAUAUCAUGGUGAACAUAGACAACCUAAGGUAUGAUGAAACAAUUCAUUUUCACAAAUUACGCCUGAUUUUCUACAUUGAUUUUGAAAUAAACCUGAAACUUCGAGUUCUCAACAGGUGUGAUGUUAUUGAACUGGUGAAUAGAACUCUAAUGGCAGAAAGAGGAGUUGGGGAUGAAGAAAAGCACUUCCCAUCAAGAAUAUCAUUGCAGCUCACUCCAGUACUUCAAACCAACAUUUUUAGUGUCUCGGUAAGCAAAUCUUCGGACAACCCGACAAGAGAGAUUGGCAUAGAGAAAAGCAUUGAGACUUCCUUUGAUCCUCCAAACACUUACUUAGGACUCAAAGUAUCUGCUGGAGAGACCAUGACAAUGAGCUUGAAGCCAUGGAAGUUUGAGGAGUCUGUGAAUGGCUAUAGUGGGAUGCUGAAUUGGUUUCUUCAUGACAGUUUUGAUGGAAGAGAGGUUUCCUCCACAAAACCUUCAAAGAUGGCUUUGUUCAAUCCUAAAGCUUGGUUCAAACACAGAUACUCAAGUGCUUACAGACCUUUUACAAGGCAAGGGGGGGUGGUGUUUGCUGGUGAUGAGUAUGGAGACAGUGUGCAUUGGAAGGUUGAUAAGAGCGUUAUAGGAAUGACAAUGGAGUGGCAGAUUAAAGGGUGGAUUUGGUUAACGUAUUUGCCAAAUAAAUACAGGACAUUUUACAAUGAGACUCGAAGGCUCGAAUUCAAGGAAAUCCUCUCUCUCACCAUUGCUUAGUGCCACAAGUUCAAAGCCACAACAGUAGUACUGUAAUAUUCUCUCUCUGUAAAAAGAAAUCUGCAAAUAUAAUCUCUUUGUAAUACUAUAUGUCUUUCCUAGAAACUUACUUUCUGAAAGUGAUGCUCCAUUUGAUGAACACAUGUAGAGGGUGAUGCCUUAAUGGUUAACAAGAAUAGUAAUUCCUUUAAA